AUGGUAUUGCAGACUCAAAUUGAAAAGGAAUGUUCGACCGAUACAGGACGCACCGAAUUGGAGGAACUGUAUGUAGAAAUAAAAGUUUGUAUUACAGAGCAACUCACGGAGGAUAUACACGAAUCAACAUUCGCUGCGGUAUCUGGGCCCACAUUCUUAUCGUCGGCCAAGCUGCCCAGACUUGCGUUACCUACAUUUGAUGGCAAUUAUGCGGACUACAAGAAUUUUAGUGCGCUAUUCAACCAAAUGGUGGAUCAACAGAACAGCUUAUCAACCAUCGAGAAGUUUAAUCAACUGAUCAGCUGCUUAAAGGGACCAGCAUUAGAAACGGUAAAGGCAUUUCAGAUCACACCUGAAAACUACCGAAAGGCACUUGAGCGCUUGAAUCAACGCUACGACAAUCCAACAUUAGUGUUCUUGGACAAUAUCUCGUCGUUAUUUAUGCUCAAGAGUGUAUCAAAGUCAAACAGCCAAGAAAUUCGAAGUUUGAUUGACAACUCUACAGCAUUGUACAACUCGCUAAAAUCAUUAGGCAACGAGGCACAAAUCGCACAGGCAAUGUUAAUAGCCAUUGUUAUGGAUAAGAUGGACAUGGAAACUAAGCGCAAAUGGAACGAAUCAUUGGAUUAUUCCAAGUUGCCUACGUGGGAUUUAUGUGUACAGGUAGUUGAGAGGCAUUGCCAAUAUUUGGAAUCAUGCGCUCAGAGCAUCGAGUCUCACGUUGCAGUCGACUUCAAGAGAUGUCGGUUGCAGAGCGCUAUGAAGCAGCGAAACGACAUGGACUGUGCCUAA